AUGUGCGAUGAGCCUAAAAUAGAUAAUACUACACAAGAACCAAUGAACUGUACCAAUCACACAGCAUAUGUUCAAUGUCUGCCAGCACCAAAUAUUACUUGCAAAGAUCACCUUGGAAUAGAAAAAGUCUUUACGGGACAUGAAGUUGGAUUUUACAAGCCUAUUGCAUGUCGCAAUGUAAAUGGGUACUCCUACAAAGUGGCAGUGGCUCUGUCUUUAUUUCUUGGAUGGUUAGGAGCAGAUAGAUUUUAUCUAGGCUAUCCUGCAUUAG